UGUUUAAUAAUUGGCCCUUUUUUGUGCUUUUUUUUCUGGUGUAUUUGAUGUGUGCAGUCAGAUUUGUAGCUAUUUGCUAUUUUUGUUAUCACUUUUCCCAUUUUCUCCUCCUCCAUUUAUGAAAGCCAAUGAAUUUAAUUGCAGAAAAUUUUUGUCCAUCCAAUAAGCAUAUUAUAAUUCUUAUAUUGUUGUUAUACAUUACCGAAUUGCUUGUUAGAGGCGGAUCUAACAUUUGAAGCAUAUAGGUUUGCGAUUCUAGUUCGUUUAAGUUACGGUAAUAACAUAUUUAGUGUAAUUCUACUCUUACCGUACCUCUAUCUUAGGGAGGUAGAGAGUAGAGAGGAGAGGUUGUCCAAUAGAGCUCGGGUCAAGAAAAAGCAUAUCAGAGCUUUUUUUAUUUUGAUUGUGAAUUCGGAUAUACAAUCUUUAAGAAACAGCCUCUGGCAGAAAUGCAAGAUAAAUUCAUUGGUUGUGUAACUGUGUGAUUCUGAUGGGGCAUCACGAGACGAAUUCUUCCAGUAGUAGAGACAGGUCUCCCUCACAGCAAAGGCACAGGCAUAGGCGUAAGGAAAGGGAUUUGGAUAGAGAAUUGUCAUCUGAAAGAAGAGAACGAAGGUCAGGAAGAGAUUUAAUUGAGCGUAGAUCACCUAGGCCGAGACGUGAUUACUCUUAUUCGGCUUCAAAUCAUCAAAGCAUGGAUCAUCAUAGAUCAAGUUCAAGUUUUAGUGUUGACACAGAAAGACAAAAUGAGGUCUUCUACUCAACUGGUUCCAAAAACUGGAAGGACAGAGAUGUUAGCAUGGCUAGAAUGAAGGCAGAUGAAAAGGACCUGGAAGCUAAAGAGGAGCAAAUGACAAUGUUGGAGAUGUCUGGAGAUCUUACCAUGGAAUCUAAACAACUCACAGAGGGAAGAAAGGAGGAAACCAACAUUUCACUGGAAUAUAGCAGUGACAUGAAGAAGGCAAGACUCCAUUCAACACUGGUUGCUCUCCUCAACGAUCCUGUGCUUGCUGACGUACCAAGAAAACCAACUCUGACGGAUGUGGACACCCUUAUCAGCUUAGAACUUGGCAGUGCUAUGCGUAUCUCUAUCCUCAAAUUGGAUGGCAGCUCCUUUGAUGUGACAGUGAUGAAUUCCGCAACAGUUAAGGACUUGAAACAGGCUGUUCGUAAAAGGACUGACGACACCGAGCAAUCUCAGAUGGGCCAUCGGCACAUUUCUUGGAGGCAUGUGUGGUCAAAUUUUUGCCUUUUAUUCCACAAUGAGAAGUUAUUAGAUGAUACUGCUAAACUUCAGGACUACGGCAUUAGGAACAAUGCUCAGGUGCAAUUCAUUCCCUAUGUCAUCUCGAGGGCCUUUAAGAGGCAUUCAAAGAGGAGAAAACACAGAUUCUUUCAUGGCCUAAGCAAAAAGGGACGUACAACGGAUUGAAUCAAGGGUUAGAUUGCUGCAUACAGAAACUACAGAAUGAUUGUACCUAAGCUUCUGGGAUGAAAUCAUGGAUGUAAUAACAAUGGUGUAGUAAAGUUGAGUGCCUUUGGCUUAUCCCUGAUCAUAUAAGUACCGAGGACUUCCUGGUUUAGAGAUGAGCUUAAAUGCAGUGAAAUGGAUAACGAAUCUUCAUAUAGCCCAUCUUAUCUUGUAGUUAUUCUAUUGUUUAACAGUCUUUAACUUUAUAAAUUAUAGCUAGGAGACGUACCAAAGAAA